GGGUGGGUGAGAGAAAAGAAAACAAUUUUGAUCAACGCACCGCACCGCACCAGCAUCGUCAGUCAGAUAGACAAGGAAAGCUAUUUAAGUUUUGAGUGAUUUUUAAUGGCAAAUAAUUUCAGCAAUGAAAUUAUGGAUCUCAACUUUUACCCAGAGCCCUUGGAAUCUCAGGAUGAUGCCAUACCAGGAUUAGGAUCUUUACUGAAUGAAUUAGAAACUGCCCAUGGCCGCAUUGAAGAUCGUAUAAGACAACUUGAAGCAAUCACCUCCAGGUUUAGGCUACAUCAAAGAUGGACAACACCCAACACAUCCAUCCCACCUCAUCUUCAACAUCAACCUUGCCUCUUCAAUAGGGAAGUUGGUACCAGACAAGGAUCUGUCAACAGGGAAAAUUUUGGCAAAAGGGCUUUUACAGGUGCCCAUUUGAUUGCUGAAGCUUUGCGUAUGGAAAAUGAUGUUCAGAAUCAAGGUAAAAACAACGGGGGGUUUUUUGAUUGCAAUAUAUGCUUGGACAUGGCAAUAGACCCCAUAUUGACCUGUUGUGGUCACCUAUUCUGUUGGGCAUGCUACUAUCAGUUAUCUUAUGCUCAUUCUGAUGUGAAAGAAUGCCCUGCAUGUGAAGGAGAGGUGACAGACACAAGCAUUAUUCCCAUCUAUGGCAAUGGGGGCAAUAACAACACCUGCAAGUCCAAGUCAAAGGAGUCUGCUUUGGUAGUCCCUCCCAGGCCACCCGCACAUAGGACCGAGGGCAUAAGGCAGCGGAUCAUUAGUCGUAGAUCAUUGUCUUCUAUUGAGGAAGGAAUUGGGCGUUCCAGGAACAUGAUUGGUGCCAGUGGAGAGCAAAGUCAAUCACCAGAUAUUGCUGGUGCAGAAGUCACAGCUGAAAGAACUGGUACUUCUCUGAUUUCAUCUGGCAUGGAGGUGCAAGGAAACCUGCAGCGGCAUUCUCUUCAAGUUUCAAGAUUAUUGCUGGAAGGAGCUGCUUCAUUUUCUUCCCUUUCAUCCGCACUAAACUCUGCAAUGGACUCUGCUGAGCGACUAGUUGAGGACCUUGAGGAAUUUAUCAACUUUCAAAACUUGAGAAGUAGCCACCAAGAAUCUUCACGAGUUUUCCGUGGGGAUUCAUUUCCUAGCAUUAUGUCUGUAAUUCACUUGGAAACUGAGACUCUGGAUGUUGCUCCUGAAAUCAAUUCUACUCCUUUGCGCAGAAUGUCUAAUUUUGUACACAUUGAGAACCAAAUAACAGAUAGUGCUAUGGAAGUCGAUUCUGCUUCCUCAUCAAGGAGGAUCGAUGCUUCCACGGUUUUAGAUUUAGACGAGGAAGAAUCCCAUGGGCAUAGGAGGAGACGACUGUACUGAUACAACACACAAUAAGGAAGGAAGAUGAUCCAGAUACUGUUUCCUGUGCUAAAACGUUUGGAUAUGUUCCUCCUUAAAUUGCAUAUUUGGCAACAAAGGCAGUAAGAUCUGCCAAACAGUUGAAGCAAAUAUUGGAUGGAUAGUCAGUGAAGAAUUUAGUUUGGUUUUAGAACAUUGCUCAUUAGCUCUUCUUGUAUUCAGGAGUUGAUGUUUAGGCCUUAAGGAGCUACAAUUAAUAAGCUUGAGGCUUGUGGAUAUGAAAGUUGAGUUGAUUAUGCUUCGAUAUUGCUUAAGGGUUUGGUGCAUGGUUCGUAAAAGGGAAUUAAUAGGUUUUUUUUUU